AUUGUGCAUUCCUUAACUCAGAAGAAACCGCACGACGUUGUAUUAUUCCGGUUGAGUGCGCACACACAUCACAGUUGGCGUCACAAAGCCGCCAUUGGAGGUCGAGUUCAGUUCAGAGAGCUUCGUCUUUAUCUCUUUUUUGCCUCUUCGGAGGCGAAAUAAAAAACACCACAAAUUUCAAUUCUCUUUAAUUCUUUGAAUCUUCGUUAUUGAAAAUCCAUAACCAGAGCUCGAAACCAACAACAAAACGAAAAUGCAGAAGUGGUUUUCAGUCGGCGGCGGCGAGGAAGAUCGGCAACAACCGCAUCCAUUGACGUCUUCAUUGUCGUCGUCCUCAUCAUCGUCUCUUUUGGCCGAUUGGAACUCAUACGCAUCGUCAAAAGCUUCGGAACAGAACACCGCCUUGGGGGUUUUUGAUCUCGAUCUGGAAUCUGCUGUUAGGUCUGCCAAUGAUACGGUCGCUGGUACUUUCAACGUGGUUUCAAAAGGAGUGAGAGAGAUACCAGGGAACUUGCAGUCUGCCACUAGUAACCUUCCUUCAGGAAAAUCUCUCAUGUACUUUGGCAUACUUCUGGCAACUGGGGUGUUCUUUGUUUUCAUUGCAUUUACCAUGUUCCUUCCAGUCAUUGUUUUACUGCCUCAGAAAUUUGCUCUGUGCUUUACUCUUGGAUGUUGCUUGAUCAUUGGGUCAUUCUUCGCUCUUAAAGGUCCAAAGAAUCAGUUUUUGCACAUGUCAUCAAAAGAGAGACUUCCUUUUACAUUGGGAUUCGUAGGCACCAUGGUGGGUACCAUUUAUGUUUCCAUGGUGCUUCAUAGCUACAUUCUCUCUGUGCUUUUCUCUGUGCUUCAGGUUCUUGCACUAGCAUACUAUGCUGUAUCAUACUUCCCUGGUGGAUCUGUGGGGAUGAAGUUCAUGUUAUCUGGUAUUACCUCGUCCAUAAUGAAAUGCUUUGGCCGGUGAUUUUGAUACUUUGGUGUUUAUAUUUGUUCCAUGUAGUUUUCACUCUUAGAAGGAUCCAUCUGGGGCAGUUAGAAUCGGAAUGUUUAAAUGGCUGUGUACAUGCCAAUUGAGUAUAGUUUUUCCUGGGCAUCUUCUUUGAUCUGAAAUCCCACUCUAAAAGAACCAUGUAUAUUUUAAUUGUUGAAAGAUUUUACAGUAAAUGAAACACACAUUGAUUGGAAACCUGAAAUAUCACAGGCUGAUAUUUCUUUUUUAUUUUAUAUUAAUUUUUGGCAUUUGUAGAUUAGUGGCUGAUGAUGAUAAUGAAACCACCCUUGAACUCUU